UCAGGCCGACAUUUACGAAAUGAUAUCACUAUGGGUCAAGCCUCAGUGGAUUGCACUGACAGCAGUAAUUGCGGUCACCAUCGGGCGGAUGAUUAAGACUACGUCGUCGUCGAUAAGUCGUGGUCGGAGGAUUGCCGGGCAGUGGUCAGAUCCUAGAAAGGUUACUAUAAUUCGUUCAUUCGGCUAGGACAGCACAUUACGGCCGUAAUCCUUGCCGAUGAGUGACGUGCUUUCUAGAAGCCGAGUGGACCGGUGGUACCUUGUCAAAUUUAUAGAGUUCAAGCUCAGUGAUAGAGAAGCAGGAGCAACACAGAAAGAGGAAAAUACGCGAGAAAAUGCAGUGCCCUCGUCAAGGAUUCCUCUUUGCAGUCGGUCUUCUUUCAUACCUGUACAGAGACACGGCAGCUAUGAAACCGAAUAUAUCAUCGACAACUGAUCAGAUUAUCAUAAAAGAAGGCGAUCCUCUGCGGCUACAAUGCUCCGGCAACUCAGGCAUUUUCUUCACGUAUCCCACUGAUCUACCAUGCGAUUCUUAUACAAUCAUUUAUUACACAUCAUACUACGAAAUAAACAAAAUCCAAGACGAAUAUGGCACCUACUGGUACGACUUUCAUCGACCGAAUACAGCCUUCGGGGACACUGGUUGGUACGGUUGCUCGUAUCAUCCUAUCCUGACCACCAGACACAAUUAUUCCGACCCUGAAAUCAGCUUGGUUUACGUCUAUGUUGAAUCUGAAACUACUCAAUUUGUGGAACAUGCAUCUUCACACGUUUUAUUAACAACUGUACGCGAAAACAUUGUCAUACCGUGUAGACCAACGUCGCCAACAGCGGAGGUCAAGCUUGCUAAGUACCGCGGAUAUGGUAACGAUUACGUAAUCCCACGGUAUACUUUCGAUCCAAAACUGGGAAUUAUUCUGCACAAUUUCGAGGACGAUAAAUUCGGGGAGUACAUAUGCUACAUGGUUCCUGCUCAAAUGGUCUCUUAUGUGAUACAUUUCCAGGAGGAGAAUAGAAUGCCCGAGCCAAGAAUUGUGAAUAAUACUUUGGUGCACGUAAUAAUGGACGAAACUUUAUACUUGAAAUGUACCAUAACUAUUCGGAGGGACCAAGAACACUACGAUGGAUCUUGGAUUCCGAAGCAACUGAGCGACACCGCGGUCACUACCUGGGAGCAUAGACGGACUAUUCGAGAUGGUAUCACUGAGAUUAUGGCUUUUUUGGAGAUCACAGGUGUGACCUACAUGGACGAAGGUAUUUACGUGUGCAGAGUGAAGGACGGGAUAUAUGAGAGGUAUUCCCAAACGUACGUCCAGAUACAUGGUAUGUAGGAUCAUAAACGUUUCCACGUGAAACAUUACCACGAUAAUAACCGCUUCGCUCCCUCUGACGUGCUAUGUCACGAUGCUGAUACUGUUCAUAAAACGUCACAGACGGGGUAUCGCGCGACAUAAUGCCGCUUGUGCGAUGCCACGGACUUAUUAAGAUGGACAAUUUGGGGAGAGGGGAUACGAUUCUUCGAGCAUCGCGACUCGUUUUUAUAUGUAGAAAUUCGAGGCUGUCGGCGAGAAAAGGCAGCGGCCAGAAUGCCGGUUUACAUUAAUAUGAACGCAUAGCAAUGUUGGAAUAAAAAGGAUGACUUAACUUCUUUAUUUCUAAUU